UUUUUUAACUCACGAGUGUCGAUCUUGUUAACGUUCUUCUUCUUAUUUUUUUUAAUAAAAAAAUUUUGUCACGAACUCAGUUCGAGACCUCACUGUCUGAAAAACCAUACAGACAACGACGUUGUUUUUGGUUCCCUUCUCCUUCUUACAGAUCACAAAUCAGAGGACCCUGUAAAAAGUCUAAACCAAACCCAGAGAGAAGGAGAAAAAAAGCUUUGAAAAAACGCCUUAUCAUGGUGGCUGGUAAGGUAAAAUUAGCAAUGGGUUUAACAAAAUCACCUUCAAACCCAAGCCCAAAAGCUUCCUCUAAAUCCUCAUGGCCGUCUCCAUCUCCAAGCUCGGCUACUAAAAACACCAGUUCCCAAAAAGCUGUUACUUCACGUUCUUCGUUUGGAGUUUAUUUCCCACGGUCGUCGGCUCAGGUACAGCCUCGGCCACCGGAUGUGGUGGAGCUCCUACGGUUGGUCGAAGAGUUGAGGGAACGUGAGUCUAGGUUGAAAACGGAGGUUUUGGAACUCAAGCUUUUGAAAGAAACGGCAGCCAUUGUUCCGAAGCUUGAAAAUGAGAUCGUUUUGAAAAAUGAAGAACUGGAACGAGCUUUGAAAGAGGUUGAGAAUCUGAGGAAGGAAAAUGGGAGGUUGAAAAUCAUGGUGGAGGAAAUGAGAGGCAAUAUUGAAGAAGAAAAGGAAGGAAAGGAGAGGAAAGUGAGGGAAAUGGAGGAAGAGAUGAAGAAAACGGCGUCCUUUAGAGGCGAGUGCGUUGAGAACUUGAGGAAGGAAAACGAGAAGUUGAAAAUGGUGGUGGAGGAAAUGAGAGGAAAAGUUGAAGGAGAAAGGGAGAUGAAGAGAACGGCGUCGUUUAGAGGCGAAAACGACGACAAUUUCUGUUCUUCGCAGCGGUUUCAAGGGUUAAUUGAAGUCAGUGUGAAAUCAAAUCUGAUUAAGAAUUUGAAGCGAAAUCACAGUAAAUGUACGGACGCCAUUGUUGUUAAAGUUGAGAGCUCGGAGUUUAAAAGAGAGGAACUCGAAGUCGAAACCGACAGACCGAGUCACUCGGAGGAACUCGUUGAGUCGAACGGCAGAUCUCGUGUCCCUAGGGUCCCAAAACCACCGCCGAGGCCUUCGUUAUCCUCGUCAACUUCAUGUACAGAGAAGCAAAUCCCACCUCCUCCUCCGCCGCCGCCGCCGGCCGUGAAGCAAGUUGCACCGCCUCCUCCGCCACAUUCGUUACUCAAAGCUAUAGCUCCGCCACCACCUCCUCCGCCUCAGAAGGGGAUGAAGACGGUUGCGGCGAAAGUAAGGAGAGUUCCGGAGGUUGUGGAGUUUUAUCACUCGAUUAUGCGGAGGGAUUCAAAGAGAGAUGCCGGCGGGUGUAACGUGCCGGAAGCUUUACCGGCAACGGCGAAUGCGAGGGAUAUGAUUGGGGAGAUCGAGAAUCGGUCAGCUUAUUUGCUAGCGAUAAAAACAGAUGUAGAAACACAAGGAGAUUUCAUAAGGUUUUUGAUAAAAGAAGUUGAGAAUGUUUCGUUUACUGAUAUCGAAGAUGUUGUCCCCUUUGUUAAAUGGCUAGACGAUGAGCUCUCCUACUUGGUCGACGAAAGAGCCGUGCUUAAACAUUUCGAAUGGCCGGAGCAGAAGGCUGAUGCCUUACGCGAGGCAGCAUUCGGCUACUGUGAUCUCAAGAAACUAGAAUCCGAGGCCGCAUCGUUUAGGGAUGACGCUAGGCAACCUUGCGGUUCGGCUCUUAAGAAGAUGCAGGCUCUGCUUGAAAAGCUCGAGCUCGGUGUUUACAACCUCUCUCGGAUGAGAGAAUCCGCAACCAGGAGAUACAAUGGUUUCGGGAUUCCUACGGAUUGGAUGCUCGAAACCGGAAUUGUGAGCCAGAUCAAGCUAGCGUCAGUGAAACUAGCAAUGAAGUACAUGAGAAGAGUAUCUGCAGAGCUCGAAGCUGUCGGGGGUGGACCCGAAGAAGAAGAGCUGAUUGUUCGAGGCGUUAGAUUCGCGUUCCGUGUACAUCAGUUUGCCGGAGGAUUCGACGUCGAAACGAUGAGAGCUUUCCAGGAGUUGAGAGACAAAGCGAGAUCGUGCCAUGUACAAUGCCAAAACCCACACCAGAAAUUGAUUUGCAGGUCAACACCAUGUUAAUCUCUGUAGCAAACUCAGCUACUGAGCGAGUCCCUUGCUAAUGUUUGUGAAUACAAUAGUAGAUGCUAUUUAUUUAUCCACACAUUCAAUUCAUUACAAGUGCAUAACCCGAUCCAACAGUUAAAUUUAUCAAUAUAAUUUUACUUGUUAUGCGUGUAAAA